AUGACUUUUAAAAAAAAAAAUUAUGUCUUAAAGGAUUAAAGAAGAAUAUUAAAUAUGACUUCAAAAAUUAAAUACUUCGACUUUCUUUCAAAAAAAAUUAAAUACUUCAAGUUUUUUUUUUUUGACGGGAAAUACUUCAAGUUAAAGAAAUAGUAAAAGGAAAAAUUAAGAAAGAAGGGAAUAGUAAAAGAAUUAAAAAAAAAGUGUUAGCCCUCUCUUCUUCUAUUUCAGUUUGGCUGCUCUAAUGGGGGAAACAAUCCCCUACUUUGCACUUCAUUCACGAUCAUCAGCAAUCACCAUCUUUUAAUUUCAACCUUUGAUUUAUUUUGUGAUUUAAUCUUGGCCUCCUGAUUUUAUUAAUUCUAUACAAGCUCAUGCGCAAUAUAGUUCGACCAAAUCGAAGAUUUGGAUUGCGUGGUUGAUUAAUAACGGUGGCGAGGCUGGAGACUGAUGGAGAUGUGAUUGUGUUUGUGGCAUGUUGUUGUUGAUGUGGGGUGAUAAAAGAUGGAAAAUCCUAUAGGUUUUUUUUUUUCUCGGAAAUUCUAUAGUUUUAUUAAUGCAAAUCAUAACGAAAAUAUUAAUGUUGAUGAAAAAAUUUAAUGUUAGUUAAAAGAUUCCUUUUUAAAUAAAACCUGAAAAAAAUAACUUUUUUUUUUAAUGAAUCAUGGUCCCUAAACUUUUGCUAACUAAAAUAGGUCCUUUGGUGACUCAUAUUUUUUCCAUCGGAAAAGUAAGUUAUGGGUGGUUGAAGAACCAAUUUACUUUGUUUGAAAGAUUAGGAUCAAAAUGCUACAUAUACUAAAGUUGAGGGACCGUAUAUUAGCUUAACUCAUCACUUUAUGAGUACUUUUGUACAAGUCAUUGGUAUUUGUUGGAGAAAACUAAUUUUUAAACUUUAGUUGAUCAGCAACUAAGAAAACAGUCAAUGUUGGUCCGAAAUGGAAUUUAUACCAACUUCAAGAAUAUCCUUCUCCCAACCAAAACAACCAUCAACAAUGCUUUUAACUCAAUUGUACACCUUAACAACAGAGAAAUGUCUUCUAAUCCAUCACUACAAUCAUUCAAUGAUAACAACAAACAUCAUUUUCCCAACAAUUUUACUCAUACAAAUAAUGAAGAUACAGUCAUAUCGACUAAAAGAAUAUUGAAUCUUUCCAGUCGACGACAAAUUGAUCAUGCAAAAGAGAUUUUUGACAGUAUUUCAUGCAAGGAUACGGUUGCUUGGAAUGCCAUGAUUAGAGGGUAUAUGGAAAAUCGAAUGAUUGAUCGUGCACGCCAACUGUUCGAUGAAAUGCCUGAAAGAGACAAUGUUUCUUGGAAUUCUAUGAUUAUUGGGUAUAGUAGAGGAAAUAUGAUUCACAUUGCAAUGAAACUUUUUAUAUGUAUGCCGAGUAAAGAUGUUUUUAGUUGGACAGCGAUGAUUUCUGGACUUUGUAUGGCGUCGUGUGUUGGUGAUGCUUGGCGUUUGUUUAAGGAGAUGCCGGAGCGUAGUGCUGUUUCUUGGGCUGCUAUCAUGUCAGGGUUUCAACAGAAUGGGUUGGCGGCUGAAACUUUGAUUUUGUUUAAGGAACUGUUGUUGGCUGGUGUUGAACCGAAUGCUCACUCGUUUACUACUGCUUUGGCUGCUUCAGGAGAUUUAGCAAUGCUGUCAAUGAGCAAGCAGCUUUACUUGCAACUUCUCAAAAGAGGGUAUGAGAAGAAUUGCCAUAUUGGAAAUUCAGUUCUUUCGAUGUUCAUGAAAUGUGGUAGCUAUGAUGAUGCAAAGUGCGUUUUUGAGGGUUUAACUUAUCGUAAUCUUGUUAGUUGGAAUUGUAUGAUUACUGGUUAUGCUCAACAUGGUAAUGGUUUAAACGCAAUCAUGACAUUCCAUCAGAUGCAGAAGGACCAAGUGUUUCCUGACCGUAUAAGCUUUUUGGGAGUUCUCCAGGGUUGUUGUUUCUGUGGUUUAGUUGAAGAAGGAAAGCAAUAUUUCCAAAGUAUGGAGAAGUAUUAUGGAAUUAUUCCUAGACCUGAGCAUUAUAGCUGCCUGACUGAUCUUUUUGCACGAGCUGGGUUAUUCAAAGAAGCAUUACAGCUUGUGAUGGAAAUGCCCUUUGAACCGUCACCUGUCUUCUGGCAAUCAAUUCUGAAUGGUUGCAGGAUUUGGGGACACUCUGAGCUGGGUCUUUAUGCUGCUGAUCAGCUAUGGAGACUUGAGUCCACUGAAUCAAGGACCUUUCCCUUGACUGUUGAUGUUCAGGGUUCUUGCAGAUCAUAUGGUGUCCCUAAUUUUCGGAGACAGAUGAAGGAUCCUGAAACAAGGAAAGAUAUGGGCUGUAGUUGGGUAGAAAUUAAGGGGAAGACAUAUCUUUUCACCUCCAGAGAUGAGACCCAUCUGGAAACAAAUGAAAUUUAUCAAACAAUUGACUUAUUGUUCCAUGACAUGUGGGAGCAUCUCGGAAAUGGUAAUCAUGACCAACGUGCUAUGAAGUAUACAUUUGCAUUAUAUGCAUAACCUGAGCUUUAUUGAAUUUAGAAUAGAAAGACUUUUGAGAUUCUCACAUUGAUAGUGUUGAGGCCUACAUAUUUCAACAAUCUAACAUCGAUGAAGUUUUUGUAAGUUGGAUGGUAAUUGUGUCAUUCUCCAUGAGUGUGUUCUCAUCACCUGUAAUUUUGUGACUCCUCACAGCAUCAUGAGAUCAUAUUUGGUUUUCUUGACAUAACUGAUAGACACAGUUGGUUCUAAUAUUUGGUAUAUGAAAAAGCUCAAAAUGGGAGAAGUGAGAAGUCAUUGUUUGAAGAUUUUACUCUACAGCAGUUGCUACUCUUUCAGGCGUCCAAUGAAGCUCUAGCUGAACAAGAUACCCUGGGAGAAAUAUUAAUGCAAAGAUGCACUUUAAUUGUGCAGCUCCUUGGGAUGAGCUGACUUUGUUUAUCUCAGAUAUCCAAAUGGUGCAUCCUCUCGACCUCUCUCGGAGAAGCUGCUGUUGUAUAUGAUUUCUGUUGUUUAGAAAAUUGGUUUAAAAUAUGGCAUUUAUCAAAUUUCUUCGCGCAAUGUUGGCGCUAAUGAGAUUUCCAGUGUGGAUGCUGUUGUUACAAUAGUAGAGAAACUCAGAUGUGAUUCGCAUGAUUAAAUUUGUUGAAUUGAAGGACUCUAUUGCUACCCUAUUUGGGCCUCUAUCCAAAGACCAAUGACAAAGUCCACAUCUCAUGUUCAAGUCCAAAAGCUCCACCAGCCCAGCUCAACAUUAGAUAGGCCCAGAAAAGCGGUCCACAUCCAAGAGUCCAAAGGUCCAAAUGGUCCCCAAGUCCCCCAAAUCCUAGCCACCACUUGCAGGGCAAAUUCCAAGCCACCCAAGGUAACAGAAUUCUAUCAGAAUUACUCUAAAAUAUAGUAAACCCUUUUCACUCAAGUAAACUAAUUUAGGCAUCGGAGCGGGUAUUCUCAAACACUCCCCGAGCUCAGCUUACAAUAUUUGUGUGUCGUCAAUGGUUCAAGAUCAACAUUUUCUAUACAACUUAAGAAUACACCCUUAGCUCGAAGACUGUUUUAUACCGAUCAAUAGCUUACACUUUGCCCUGGAACAAUGACUUAUAAGCUCUUGUUUAUAAGUUAGUCUUGAUAAUUUUGUUGUCAAUGGUUCAAGAUCAACAUUUUCUAUACAAUUUAAGAAUACACCCUUAGCUCGAAGACUGUUUUAUACCGAUCAAUAGCUUACACUUUGCCCUGGAACAAUGACUUAAAAGUUCUUGUUUAUAAGUUAGUCUUGAUAAUUUUG